GAUUCACGGCGAUCCAAAUCUCUCUUAAAGGAAUAGCGACAACCUGUAUCCAAAAAAAAAAGGAAUAGCGACGACCAUCAUAAUCUAGAACAUGGCCACUGAAAGAUAUGCUUCUCCAACAGCCACAUCGCCCGAGGAGAACGCUCUCUUUCUUGAUAUACUGCAUGAGGCUCCACUGUUUGCACACCGCAAAGCUGCAAGGGUUGUUGGGAGUGUUUUCUAUUGCAUACUAUUGGCAAGUUAUGCUACUUUGGCUAUAGGUGCUCAAUGGAUAUUUCGUCCUGUACAAGACUUGAUCUCUCCUGUGCUUUGUAGUUGCGAUGUUCUUCUUUUGCUAUUAACAGGAAUCUUUCAACAAUAUCUGGUUUAUCAAGUGCAGAAGAUACGCUUGCAGGGCUAUUAUAGUUUCAGCCAGAAGUUGAAAUUUAUUGUUCGCAUACCCUUUGCCAUUACAGCUUAUGGAACUGCUGCAAUGCUACUUGUUAUAGUCUGGAAACCUUACACCGGUUUUCUGUCAAUUUCUGCAAUAUUGAGGAUUAUUAUGGUAGUUGAAGCAGUAUGUGCUGGAUGCUUUAUGAGUCUUUACAUUGAAUAUUCUAGAGUCUUUUACUUGUUUCUAGCUACUAGUAUCUUUGAAUAG